AUGCGGCCCCAGCCUCCCGCCGCCCGGGCUCGGCCCCGGCCUGAGCCCCGGCCCCGGCCCCGGAGCCGGCCCCGCGGGACGCUUGCCGCGCGUCGCCGAGCCCAGCGGACCGAGAGCCCCAUGGCUGCGCCGCGCACCGCGUCCCCGCGCCGCCCGCCCGCGAUACGCCGGCCCGGGCUCCUGCCGCUGUUGCUGCCGCUGCUGCUGCUGCCCGCGCUGUGCCAGGGUCUGGGCCACUCUACCGAGCUGGCAUUUGCUGUGGAGCCAAACGAUGCUAUUGCAGUCCCUGGACAGCCCACAGUGCUGGGCUGCAAAGUGGAGGGGACCCCUCCAGUGCAAGUCUCCUGGAGGAAGAACGGAGCAGAGCUGCCUGAGGGCACCCACUCAACUCUGCUGGCCAACGGCUCCUUGCUGAUCCACCACUUUAGGCUCGACCAAGGAGGCGGCCCUUCAGAUGAGGGUGACUAUGAGUGUGUGGCUCAGAACCGCUUUGGGCUGCUGGUCAGUCGGAAGGCUCGCAUCCAGGCUGCAACCAUGUCAGACUUCCAUGUGCACCCCCAAGCCAUCAUGGGUGAGGAGGGUGGUGUGGCCCGCUUCCAGUGCCAAAUCCAUGGGCUCCCCAAGCCCCUGAUUACAUGGGAGAAGAACAGAGUCCCCAUUGACACGGAUGAUGAGAGGUACACAUUAUUGCCGAAGGGGGUCCUGCAGAUAACAGGACUUCAGGCCGAGGACAGCGGCAUCUUCCACUGCGUGGCCUCAAACAUUGCCAACGUGCGGGUCAGCCACGGGGCCAGGCUUACUGUGUCAGGCUCAGGCUCUGGGGCCUACAAGGAGCCCACCAUCCUUGUGGGGCCUGAGAACCUCACCCUGACAGUACACCAGACUGCAGUGCUGGAGUGUGUCGCCACGGGCAACCCGCGCCCCAUUGUGUCCUGGAGCCGCCUGGAUGGCCGCCCCAUCGGGGUGGAGGGCAUCCAGGUGUUAGGCACAGGAAACCUCAUCAUCUCAGAUGUGACCGUCCAGCACUCAGGUGUCUAUGUCUGUGCCGCCAACAGACCUGGCACCCGGGUGAGGAGGACAGCCCAGGGCCGGCUGGUGGUGCAAGCCCCUGCAGAGUUUGUUCAGCACCCUCAGUCCAUCUCUAGGCCGGCUGGGACCACAGCCAUGUUCACCUGCCAAGCUCAGGGGGAGCCACCCCCUCAUGUCACAUGGCUGAAGAACGGACAAGUGCUGGGCCCAGGAGGCCACGUCAGGCUCAAGAACAAUAACAGCACGUUGAGCAUUUCUGGAGUCGGUCCUGAAGAUGAGGCCAUCUACCAAUGUGUGGCUGAAAACAUUGCUGGCUCAUCACAAGCCAGCGCCAGACUGACCGUUCUGUGGGCUGAGGGGUUGCCAGGCCCCCCACGCAAUGUCCGGGCUGUCUCUGUGUCCUCCACUGAGGUUCGAGUGUCUUGGAGUGAGCCCCUGGCCCACACCAAGGAGAUCAUUGGCUAUGUCUUGCACAUCAGGAAGGCUGCCGACUCCCCCAAGCUGGAGUAUCAGGAAGCCGUCAGCAAGAGCACCUUUCAGCACCUCGUGAGAGACCUCGAACCCUCCACAGCCUACAGCUUCUACAUCAAAGCCUACACACCACGGGGGGCCAGUUUAGCAUCUGUCCCCACCCUGGCCAGCACCCUCGGUGAAGCCCCUGUCCCACCCCCAUUAUCAGUGAGGUUACUGGACAGCUCCUCUCUGCAACUGCUGUGGAAGGCCUGGCCACGGCUGGCCCAACACAAUGGUGGCUUCAAGUUGUUUUACCGCCCAGCCAGCGCAGCCUCCUUCACCGGCCCCAUCUUGCUCCCUGGGACCGUCUCCUCUUACAACCUCAGCCAGCUCGACCCCAGCACUGUGUAUGAGGUAAAGCUCCUCGCCUACAACCAGCACGGAGACGGCAACGCCACGGUCCGGUUGGUGUCUUUGAAGGGAGCCUCGGAGAGGACAGCCUUGAGUCCCCCAUGUGACUGCCGGAAGGAAGAUGUCACCAACCAUACAUCCACCACAGGCAUUGUGAUUGGCAUCCACAUCGGAGUCACCUGCAUCAUCUUCUGUGUUCUCUUCCUCCUGUUUGGCCAAAGGGGCAGGGUCCUCCUGUGUAAAGAUGUGGAAAACCAGCUCUCCCCUCCCCAGGGUCCCCGGAGCCAGAGGGACCCUGGAAUUCUGUCCCUGAAUGGAGUGAGCCGAGGAGAGGGGGGCCAGCUAGGCCGAGACGAAAAGCGUGUGGACGUCAAGGAGUUGGAGCACCUGUUCCCCGCAACUGGGUCAGCUGGGCAGCCAGGCUCCAGACCCACUGAUCCCGCAACCCCUGCUCUGUGUGAGGAGACCCAGCUCUCUGUGGUGCAGCUUCAAGGCUUCAGCCUUGUGGAGGGGAGGACAACAGAGGCCAAAUCCCCCUGCACGGGGCCUGGGCCUGUCCCAGCACCCCAGGAUGGAGGCUCUGGCCUCCUCGGCGAAGGGCAGACCAGCCAGCCUCCAGCAGUCCCAGCUUCCCAGUGAGCUUACUUGGGACAAGAGCCA